ACAACACCGCAAAGAACAAGCAAACAUGGCCGACGAUGGCAUGCUCCUCAACUUCUCCAUACCGGAGGGUGGUAUCAUCGCGAAACCUAGCAUAAAAGGCGGCUCGUGGAAAACUCGCCUCACCGCGAAGAAAGCGGCGCAGAACUGGCACACCAAGGCUACAGCAAGACUCAACGGCGAGGUGGUGCCUAAGAAAGUACAGGAGAGCAAGGGCACAGAUGUGAACCGCACAGAGCUGGGAUCGCGGACAAGACGAGUGUCGAAGAGUCCAGAGCCUACAAAUCAUGGCGAACGGCCCGUGAAGAGGGCGCGUGUGAGCGGAGACUUCAAGCUGAGAGACUCAGAGAAGCCCACACAGAGCGAUUUCAGACCGCAGGCGAAGACUAGCGCACCAAAGCAGUUCCAGGAGAGGUACGAGGCGCCGAAGAAGGGCAACAAGCAGGUCAUCUCGUCGCUGUUCACCUACAACCCCACCUCGACGACCAAAUCACAACCCGCCGAGCGAACCACACACGACGAUGCGCCAAUCGAGCCCUCGAAUGCGCCACUUAGCAGCGAGAUGGAGACGUUUACCUCGCUCGGCAUAUCACCGACACUGGCAACGCACAUGCUGAACAAGAUGGGCAUGAAGGCACCGACUGCUAUUCAGAAGGCUGCAAUCGCACAGCUGGUCAAGGACGACUCAGACGCAUUCAUCCAAGCCGAGACUGGUUCUGGAAAGACGUUAGCAUAUCUGCUGCCCAUCGUACAAAGAUUGAUGGAGCUGUCGGCGAACAUGAAGAAGCGGAAGGACACUGGCGAUGAAGCUGUGCAGAGAAGCUCGGGGCUGUUCGCUGUGAUCCUGGCGCCGACUCGAGAACUGAGCAAGCAGAUUGCACUCGUGCUUGAGAAGUUGUUAGGAUGCGCGCACUGGCUCGUAGCUACCACAGUCAUUGGUGGAGAGAAGAAGAAGUCGGAGAAGGCGCGGUUACGGAAGGGUAUCAACAUCCUGGUCGCCACACCCGGACGAUUGGUCGAUCACCUCGAACACACGGAAGCUCUAGACGUGAGCAAUGUAAGAUGGCUGGUGCUGGAUGAGGGCGAUCGCAUGAUGGAACUGGGAUUCGAGCAGGACAUGCAGAAAAUCAUUGGACAGCUCAACUUGCGCAUGCGCGCACACAAGGAGGGCAGAACUGCCAUACCCGGACUACCGGACAAGCGAACGACCGUCCUCUGUUCCGCAACAAUGAAGAUGGAUGUCGAGCGAUUGGGGCAGAUCAGUCUGAAGGAUGCGGUCCACAUCAAGGCAGACCCGGCUGACCGAGACGAGAACGCAGCUGAAGAGCGGGAAGACUCCGGCUUCUAUGCGCCAGCACAGCUGAAGCAGUCGUACGCCGUCGUGGCGCCCAAGCUGCGCCUGGUGUCUCUACUGGCUUACCUGAAGCGUACGUUCGCACGGAAAGGUUCAGUCAUGAAGGCCAUUGUCUUCAUAUCCUGCGCCGACUCGGUCGACUUCCAUUUCGACCUGCUGACAAAUCUCGCUGUUGAUAAGCCGGAAGGCAAGAAAGAAGAACCCACAGAUGAUGCCGAUGCAACAGAGAAGAAGGAGGGUGACAAGAAGAAAGGUGUUCCACAGUCCGAUCCCACAAAACUCGCUGUCACCCACGCCGAAUCUCCUAUCCUCUCGCCCAAGACCCACUCCGUAACAGCCUACCGCCUCCACGGCUCUCUCCAACAAUCCCUCCGAACGUCCACCCUUGCGCACUUCGCAAAGAACACCGAAGCCUCCGUUCUUAUCGCCACCGACGUCGCAUCCCGUGGUCUCGAUCUCCCCAACGUCGACCUCGUUAUCGAAUUCGACCCAGCCUUCGCCCGCUCUGACCAUCUGCACCGUAUCGGCCGAACUGCGCGUGCCGGUCGCGACGGCCGCGCCUGCAUCUUCCUGCAACCCGGGUGCGAAGAAGGUUACGUCGACAUAUUGAAAUCCGACCGCAAGGACGGCGAAGUGGGCGUGCACCUUCUCCGUCAAGAUGCCGACGACAUUUUGAACAAGGGGCUCGUUACCACUGGUAUUGUCGAAAAGGGCGCGUACAUGGAAAAGGCUACGGACCUGCAACUCGCAGUUGAGCGCUGGGCGCUCGCGGACCCCAAGCGCCUCGAGGCUGCCCGACGAGCGUACCAGAGUCACAUCCGCGCGUACGCUACACAUGUCGCUGACGAGCGUAUUUACUUCGACAUCAAGAGUCUGCACCUCGGUCAUCUUGCCAAAGCCUUUGCACUCCGCGAGAGACCGAGCGGUAUGAAGGUUCCAGGCCUGCGCACGGGUGCCGGCCGCGAGGACAAGAGGCCUGCGAAGGUGCGUGGUGCGCCAAAGGUGGAUGGCGCGUCGAGGAAGGCGGAUAAGGUGCCGCCGAAGAAGGGCGUCCAGGACCUGGACUUGCCGCUGGGUGCGGACGAGGAGGAGAGUGCCAAGAUGAGGAAGGCGGUGCGCGCCAAGGAGAAGUUCAUGAGGCAUGCUGGUAUGGCGAGCGAGUUCAACUUGGGUUAGACAGGGCGAAGACGGGGUCGGCGUUGCUUUGGAGUUACGGGGCCAGUGUCCCGUAUUUUGUAGAAGUGUGGCUAGACAUGACAGCGAAUUUAUUGUUCGAACACCUCCC